CUGAUUCAUUUCACCACCCUUGUCAUUCAUCAUCAUCGUUCGCCAUAAUAAUAAUUCAUCCAUUCAUAGAUUACCCUCUUUUUCUCUGCAACACGCAUACACAUUCUCUCUCGCUCUGAAUUGCAGAUCUCAAAAGGCUCAAAAGUUAGAGAGAGAAAAGAAGGCACGCAAUUAUUCACUUUUCUUUUCAAGCUAUCUUCUUCUCCUUCUCCUUUUUUUUUUCAAACCCCAUAAUCACCGCUUCGAUCUCAGUUAAAUACUGACACCGGGUUUGCUGAAAAAGACGAAUGUUAUAGAAGGAACUUAUAACCAUGUCUAGCUCUACAAAAGUUUUGGAUCCUGCAUUCCAAGGAGUGGGUCAAAGAGUAGGGACCGAGAUUUGGAGGAUUGAGAAUUUUCAGCCAGUUGCGUUGCCCAAAUCUGAAUAUGGGAAAUUCUACAUGGGGGAUUCUUACAUUAUUUUGCAGACAACGCAAGGAAAAGGAGGCAAUUAUUAUUAUGAUUUACACUUCUGGCUUGGAAAGGAUACUAGUCAGGAUGAGGCUGGAACAGCAGCCAUUAAAGCUGUUGAACUUGAUGCUGCUCUUGGAGGACGAGCAGUGCAGCACAGGGAAGUCGAAGGACAUGAAUCUGACAAGUUCUUGUCAUAUUUCAAGCCUUGUAUAAUACCAUUGGAAGGGGGUGUUGCAUCUGGAUUUAAAACACCAGAAGAAGAGAAGUUUGAAACGCGCUUGUAUAUAUGCAGAGGGAAAAGAGUUGUCAGAUUAAGACAGGUGCCUUUUGCCAGGUCAUCAUUGAAUCAUGAUGAUGUGUUCAUCCUUGACAGUCAGAAUAAGAUUUAUCAAUUCAAUGGUGCAAAUUCUAACAUUCAGGAAAGAGCAAAGGCCUUGGAAGUUAUACAGUUCUUGAAGGAAAAAUAUCAUGAAGGGAAAUGUGAUGUGGCAAUUGUUGAUGACGGCAAGUUAGAUACCGAGUCAGAUUCAGGUGAAUUUUGGGUUCUUUUUGGUGGUUUUGCUCCCAUUGGAAAGAAAGUAAUCAGUGACGAUGAUCUCAUUCCGGAGACAAUUCCUGCUCAACUUUAUAGUAUCAUUGAUGGUGAGGCCAAGGCUGUUGACGGUGAACUUUCUAAAUCACUGCUGGAGAAUAACAAAUGUUAUUUACUGGACUGUGGUGCUGAGGUAUUUGUCUGGGUUGGUCGGGUAACACAAGUUGAUGAACGAAAAGCAGCUUGCCAAACAGCUGAGGAGUUUGUUGCAAGCCAAAAUAGGCCAAAAUCUACAAGGAUAACCAGGGUUAUUCAAGGUUAUGAAACACAUUCAUUUAAGUCCAACUUUGAUUCUUGGCCGUCAGCAUCUGCUACUGCUGGUACUGAAGAAGGAAGAGGCAAGGUUGCAGCUUUGCUCAAACAACAAGGCAUAGGUGUCAAAGGAAUGGCAAAAAGUAGCACCCCAGUAAAUGAGGAAAUUCCACCUUUGCUCGAAGGAGGUGGAAAGUUGGAGGUAUGGCGAAUUGAUGGGAAUGCUAAGACCCCGUUGCCAAAGGAGGAUAUUGGUAAAUUCUAUAGUGGAGAUUGUUACAUUGUACUGUACACAUACCACUCUGGUGAGAGGAAGGAAGACUACUUUUUGUGCUGCUGGUUUGGCAAAAACAGCAUUAAGGAGGACCAAACAAUGGCUACUCGAUUGGCCAAUACGAUGUUCAACUCAUUGAAGGGCAGACCUGUUCAGGGUUGUCUGUACGAAGGCAAAGAGUCACCACAGUUUAUUGCUCUUUUCCAACCUAUGGUGGUCCUUAAGGGAGGCUUAAGCUCUCGAUACAAAAGUUCAAUAUCAGACAAAGAAAUAUCAGACGAAACAUACAUGGCAGAAAGUAUUGCACUUAUUCGAAUUUCUGGAACUUCUGUUCAUAACAAUAAGGCAGUUCAAGUUGAUGCUGUGCCAGCAUCAUUGAAUUCUACUGAAUGUUUUGUCCUGCAAUCUGGCUCUAUAAUUUUUGUUUGGCAAGGAACACAGAGUUCCUUUGAGCAGCAGCAGCUAGCAUCAAAAGUAGCUGAUUUUUUAAGGCCAGGAGUUGCUUUAAAGCAUGCCAGAGAAGGAACAGAAAGCUCUGCUUUCUGGUCUGCCCUUGGAGGAAAACAAAGUUACACUAGCAAAAAAGUCACUAAAGAUGUUAUCAGAGAUCCACAUUUGUUCACUUUGUCAUUUAAAAAUGGUAGCAUUUGUUUUCAUGUUGAGGAGGUUUACAACUUCUCUCAAGAUGAUUUGUUGACAGAGGACAUCCUUAUACUUGACACUCAUGCAGAAGUGUUUCUUUGGGUUGGUCAUUCUGUGGACCCAAAAGAAAAGCAAAAUGUGUUCGAAAUUGGCCAGGAAUACAUAAAUAUGGCUGCAUCUUUAGAGGGACUAUCUCCACAUGUACCACUGUAUAAAGUAACAGAAGGCAAUGAACCUUGCUUUUUCACAACAUACUUUUCAUGGGAUCAUGCUAAAGCUAUGGUUCAUGGGAACUCAUUCCAGAAGAAGGUGUCGAUACUCUUCGGGAUUGGCCAUGCUGUGGAGGAAAAGUCGAAUGGGUCGUCAAGUAAAGGGGGACCCAGACAAAGAGCAGAAGCUUUGGCUGCCUUAAACUCAGCAUUUAGUUCAUCUUCUGAGAAAUCCAAUGUGGCCCAGGAUAGAUUGAACGGAUUAAGCCAAGGAGGACCAAGACAAAGAGCAGAAGCUUUAGCUGCCUUAAACUCAGCAUUUAGUUCAUCUGGAGCCAAGACUGCUAAUAGCCCCAGGUCAUCCGGAAAAGGUCAGGGAUCACAAAGAGCAGCAGCAGUAGCUGCUCUUUCAUCAGUUCUUACUGCUGAAAAGAAAUCCCCCGAUGUUUCUCCUGUGUCAGGCGGUAGUCCUGUUACACAAACUAGCUUUACUGAAGCUAAAAGUGAAAGUGCGUCUUCUGAAACAGAAGAAGCUGCAGAAGCCAAGGAAACUGUGGAACAUGUCUCUGAUAGCCCAAAACUAGAAAUUGUGGAGGAUAGGGAUAAUAGUCAAGGCUCUCGAAGGAUAUUCAGUUAUGAUGAAUUAAAAUCUAAAAAUGUGUCUGGAAUUGAUCUUAAACGGAGAGAGACCUAUCUGUCAGAGGAAGAGUUCAACAGUAUUUUUGGAAUGGAAAAGGAAGCAUUCUAUAAAUUACCAAGAUGGAAGCAGGACAUGUUAAAAAAGAAAUUUGAAUUGUUCUAGGAGUCGCUGACUUAUCUGCUUCAUUUGCACCCUCAUCUACGUUUCCUCAGUUAUCAUGAAUCGGUUGGAUAGUGUGGUUUUCCUGGGAUUCCUAUGUAUAAGCGUUUGUUCUUUUGGCCUACGAUGACUUCGCUGUAAUUAGUGUCCAGAGUUUGCAUAACUUGACACUGUAUGGAGAGUGGUUUAGUUUUCCCCCCUUUGGGAAUAGCUGCUGCCUCUUGCAAUGUUUACGUAUUGUAGGCAACGAGGACACUAGAAGUGAACAGGUCUAAUUCUUUCAUUUUGUCAAGGUUGUAUUUUAAAUACGUUUACCCC